CACUCGAAUAAAUCAUGACUCGAAAGUUUCAUACAUUAUGAAUCAAAGUCAGCUUUCUCAUCAUUCAGUAGCUGUCAAUUUUUCAAAUGAUGUUAAUGGAGUGGGGGAGGACGAGACCACCGGCUGGAAGUGCUGGAAACAUCCCUCCCAGCCCCGCGACGGCGUAUGCCCCGACUGUUUACGUGACCGUCUCCUCCGCCUCUGCCCGGAUUGCGCCAACGUCCGCCCCUGCCGCUGCUUCCCCUCCUCCUCCUCCUCGUCCUUCUCCUCCCUCUCCUCCACCGAGCCCGCCAGAUCCAGAGGACGAGGAGGCGACGGCGCGGGGAUCGGGGCGGUGGGACCCGUGUCGCAACUCAUCGAGAGCGAACCGGCCUUCCGGCGGUCCCGAUCGGUCGCCUUACAGUUUCUCAGGUCCAGAUCCGUGGCCUCUUCCGUCAGCGACGUGGCGCCGCUGCCAAGGCCGGGAGGAGGCAAGCGGUCGGCGUUACUACGGGCAUUCUCGAGGGUUUCGGCGAGGGAAGAACCGGCGGACGGGAAGCUGUGCAGAUCGAGGUCGGUGGCGGCGGGACGCUCGCAAGACGCAGGCAGUGGGGAGUAUGGGGGAAGGGGGAAAGGGUGGAGGUGGCACUUCCGGAACCCGAUCAAGGCAUUCCGGCACCGGAAAUCGACGACGAAGGUGGUGCAGGAGCGGUCGCCGCUGUGGCGCGGGUGAGAAGAAUGGACGAUUUUUCGCCCCUUGUCGGUAUCUUCGCGACUACUGUCGUAAUUUUUAAGCAACUAACAAUCACUCCAUAAAUCUGAAAUCUCCGAAUUCCAACACACGUUGGGGAGAUAAAAUGAGUCUGGAUUGCUUCGGAAAAUACUUUUUAUCAUUCA